CCUGUCCAGGCGGUCUAUCCACUGAUAAAAUCCUCCACUGAUGACAAGACACAGUUAAUAGAGUCGCACGAUGGAGGUCAGAGUGUUGGUUUGUGGCGUCGUGCUCGUGGUCUUAGCGGUUACAGGAAGCAAUGCGCAGUCAGAUGUUUGUGGCACUGCGCUGCUCAACACCAGGAUCGUAGGAGGGGCGGAUGCUCCUGCAGGGUCGUGGCCCUGGCAGGUCAGUCUGCAGACCAACGGAGAUCAUUUCUGUGGAGGCUCCCUGAUCAACAACCAGUGGGUCCUGACUGCUGCUCACUGUGUCUCCAGCACCUCACCCGGUCUCACCGUUCACCUCGGUCUUGACACCCUAGACUUGCCGAAUACAAACGGGAUGUCCCGGACUGUGUCCCAGAUCAUCCAGCAUCCCAACUAUAACACCACCACGAACGAUAACGACAUAGCCUUGCUGAAGCUGUCCUCACCUGUUAACUUCACCGACUACAUCAGACCCGUGUGUCUGGCGGUGGACGGCAGCGUCUUUAACGCCGGGACGACCUGCUGGGUCACCGGAUGGGGGAGAAUCCAAACUGGGAUUCCACUUCCUUCCCCAAAGAGGCUGCAGGAGGUGAGCGUUCCCAUCGUGUCCAACAGUGAUUGUAACGUUACCUACCGUGGUAAAAUCACAAACAACAUGAUCUGUGCUGGUGUGACUCAGGGAGGAAAGGACUCCUGCCAGGGGGAUUCAGGCGGCCCGCUGGUGACUAAAAACGGCUCUGUCUGGGUCCAGGCUGGAGUGGUGAGUUUUGGAGAAGGCUGUGCCCUGCCUAAUGUCCCAGGAGUCUACACCCGAGUGUCCCAGUAUCAGUCCUGGAUCAACAGCCAGAUCAGCACCAACCACCUGGGCUCUGGAGCCGCUCACCUGGUUCCCCUCUCGGUUCCUCUGCUGCUGUCCAUCGUCCCUGUUCUCGUCUCCUUCUCUGUCCUUUCAUAGAAAGUUUAAUGAUGAUUUAAUUCACUAGGAUAGAGUCAAAAUCUGUCUCUCUGUUUCGUGGUCUCAUAUUUUUUUAGCCUUUUGAGAUUCAUUUACUUUAAAAUAAGCAACAAAAUAAUUUUCACCUGUUUCCAGUUCAGCUUUUUUUGUUACAGGAGUUUUGCAGAAAAGAGUCGACAGAAGAGAAGACAGAGAAACUGGUGUAAUGACACUUUAUUUAAAAAAUGAGGGCUACAACUAACAAAUUUUUUCAUUGUUGAUUAAUCAGCUGAUUAUUUUAAUUAAAACAUUAAUUAAUUCAUGUUUCUGUCUCUUUCUCUGUUCUCUCUACAACUUGCUGGAGUUUUAUGGCCUUCAAAAGAAUAUAAAGCUGUAUGUUAUGUUACAUUACUUGAAGUGUCUGAUUAUUACUGAUUAUUUUCUCAAUUAAUUGAUUCGUUUAUUGAGUCCUUUAUAACUCCUACAGCCCAAUGUACUCAAAAAGAUUUGGACCAACAGUGUAAAGCCCAAAGAUUCAGUUCCUCAUCAUGUAAAUCCACAUCAGAGAAGCUGGAACCAGAAAAAAAGUUUGCUUUAACUUUUUUAAAAUGACUAAAAUGAAUUAUGAAAAUAGUUAUUGAUUUAUUUUCUAGUGAUAAACUAAUCUAUGACAAAUCGUUGUGGUUCUGUUAACUUUGCUGGAAACAGGUGAAAUAAUUUUAACUUGUUAAUUAACAACUGACCCAUUUAAAUAAAUCUAUAAAAAUGUAA